UAAAGUAUUCGCAGAAUGCAGGAACUCAUUUAUCACCUGAAUUUUCUCACAGCCACUAAUACGCGAGCUGGGGCUCUCUUCAGGAGGAGAGCAUCAAAACUCCACAGCAGCGCCUCUUUGGUUUCUCCUCUGUUGGUUUGUUGCGUGAACGUUCUGGAGAACAUGGCCAAAUGCCAUUUCAGCAUGAUGUGCAUCGUCUGCACGGUGGUGUCCGUGGUCUCUGUGGCUCUCCUGGUUGGAAUCUGGACCUUCCAGUUUCUUGCAUGUGCAGAAACUCCAGCUGCAUUGUGGGAAAACUACCGUCUCCCUGAUAACCUUCUUCCAGACGUCUACUACGUCACCUUGUGGCCACGGCUUCAACAGGACGACCGCGGCCUCUACAUCUUCACCGGAAACUCCAGCGUGGUCUUCAGAUGUGUGAAAGAAACUGAUCUGAUCCUCAUUCACUCCAACAAGCUGAACCUGACCACUGCUGGUGGACAUCUGGCUCGCCUGACUGCACUCAGUGACGCGCCUGCACCAGCUAUAAAGUCCACCUGGAUGGAAGUGACCACUCACUACCUCGUAAUUCAGCUUAACGACAAAUUAAAAGCAGGAAAAUCCUAUGAGCUCUUCACCGAAUUCAUAGGGGAGCUCACUGAUGACCUGGCGGGGUUCUACAGGAGCGAGUACCUCGAAGAUGGAGUGAGAAAGGUUGUAGCCACCAGUCAAAUGCACCCAACUCAUGCCCGUAAAACCUUCCCUUGCUUCGAUGAACCUGCCAUGAAGGCUGUCUUCCACAUCACUGUCCUGCAUGAGCGAGGAAUGGUUGCUCUCUCCAACGGGAUAGAAAUCGAAACAGUGAACACCACAGUUGAUGGCACUGCUGUCACCAUCACCAGGUUUGAACCAACACAGAGAAUGUCAUCAUACCUCCUCGCUCUGGUUGUCAGCGACUACGUGAAUGUGCAGUCAACAGGAAGCACUUUGAUUCGGAUUUGGGCUCGUAGGAAAGCAGUCGCUGAUGGACACUGCGCCUACGCCCUCAACCUCACUGGACCCGUCCUCCAGUUCUUUGAGGAUUACUAUAAGGUUCCCUACCCUCUCUCUAAAUCAGACCAGAUUGCUCUGCCGGACUUCUACUUUGGAGCGAUGGAGAACUGGGGGCUGGUCACCUACAGAGAGACAAACCUCUUCUAUGAUCCACUCAUCUCCUCGAACGCAAACAAAGAGAAAACAGCCACUAUAAUUGCCCACGAGCUGGCUCACAUGUGGUUUGGAAACCUUGUGACUCAGAAAUGGUGGAAUGAGGUUUGGCUGAAUGAAGGUUUUGCUACCUACGUGUCUUACCUCGCCGCAGACCACGCUGAACCCACCUGGAAUCUGAAAGACCUGAUAGUUCUGCAUGACGUCCACAAAGCUUUCGCCGUGGACGCUCUGGCCUCCUCCCACCCCCUCUCCUCUAAAGAGGAGGACAUCACGAGACCGGAGCAGAUCGGCGAGGUGUUCGACACCAUCUCCUACAGCAAGGGGGCGUCAGUGCUGAGGAUGCUCUUAGACUUCCUAACAGAGCCAGUCUUCCUUCAGGGCCUGAAGACCUACCUGAACAUGUUUGCUUAUAACAACACGGUGGGCUCAGAUCUGUGGAAUCAUCUCCAAAGAGCAGUCGACACUAAUGGAACGGUUCUUCUCCCCACGACGGUUGGAGAAAUCAUGGACCGCUGGGUUCUUCAGAUGGGUUUCCCAGUGGUCACCAUCAACACUGCUACUGGGCAGCUGUCUCAGAAACACUUCCUGCUGGACCCUGAGUCUGUAGUGGACACUCCGUCUCAGUUUGAUUAUGAGUGGAUCGUCCCCGUUAACUGGAUGAAGUCGGGGGUGGAGCAGACGCCGGUGUGGCUCCUGGAGAAGAGCGCGUUCCACAGUGAGAUGAGGACGGUGGGGGAGGACUGGGUGCUGCUGAAUCUCAACCAGACAGGAUAUUACAGAGUGAACUACGACACGGAGAACUGGGAGCGCAUCCUGAACCAGCUCAACAGCAACCAUCAGGCUGUUCCAGUCAUUAACAGGGCCCAAAUUGUGGAUGAUGCCUUUAACCUCGCCAGGGCCAAGAUAAUUCCCGUCAGUUUAGCUUUGAACACAACUAAGUUCCUCUCGAAGGAGACGGCCUACCUGCCCUGGCAGUCAGCCUUAAACAACCUGGACUAUUUCUACCUCAUAUUUGACCAAACAAUCGUCUAUGACAGCAUGCAGGCGUAUCUCAGGAAGCAAAUAACACCGCUUUUCGGACACUUCAGGAACAUCACCACGGACUGGACGGAAGUACCCGACGGACACACAGAUCAGUAUAAUCAGGUGAACGCUAUCAGGGUGGCCUGCAGUACCGGAGUGGACGGCUGCCAGAAGCUCACUGCAGAAUGGUUCACACAGUGGAUGCAAAAUCCAGAGCAGAACCCGAUUCACCCAAACCUCAGGUCCACAGUGUACUGCAGUGCUGUGGCUGCAGGUGGCGCUAAAGAGUGGGACUUUGCCUGGGAGAUGCUCCAGACUGCCAGCACCGCUAGUGAGGCGGAUAAACUAAUGUCAGCACUGGCCUGCACCAAAGAUACUGGACUCUUAGAGAGGUCAGCAGGGUUCACUCUGGACCCGACGAAGAUUCGGAAACAGGACGCCACCUCGGUCAUCGUCCAGAUCGCCGGUAACGUAGAGGGGCGGAGGCUAGCGUGGGAUUUCAUCACCCUGAACUGGAGAUACAUUUUCACUGAGUACGGCGUCGGGUCGUUUUCUUUCUCUAAGCUCAUAAGCGGCGUAACACAGACGUUUUCAACUCAGUGUCAGCUUGACCAGCUGCUGCAGUUUAAGGAGCAGAACGCUGAUGUGGGCUUCGGCUCAGCGAGCUCGGCUCUGGAUCAGGCCAUCGAGAAGACCAGAGCCAAUAUGAAGUGGGUCUCAGAGAACCAGAGAGAGAUCAGUGACUGGUUCAGAGCAGAAGCAGCCUGAACUCAUCACACUCAGCGCUCAGCCUCACAGCAGGAGGACCUACAGAAACUGUUUCACCUCCUGCACUUUCACUUCAGCUCCAAACAUUU